GCUCGCUUCCUCCACGUACCCCCAUCAACCACCGCCAACCCAACUAUAAAUCCCACCAUCCCUCUUCAUCCAUCUCUCUAAUAUCACUCCUUUCUCUCUCUAGACUCAUAGAUUCCAUUAACAAUGCGUAUGAGUUGCAAUGGCUGUCGAGUUCUCCGAAAGGGUUGCAGUGAAAACUGCAGCAUCAGGCCUUGUUUGCAGUGGAUCAAGUCGCCGGAAUCUCAAGCUAACGCCACCGUGUUUCUUGCCAAGUUCUAUGGACGUGCUGGACUCAUGAACCUUAUCAACGCCGGCCCUGAACACCUUCGUCCUGCGAUAUUCAGGUCACUUUUAUACGAGGCUUGUGGUCGGAUUGUGAACCCGAUUUACGGGUCUGUUGGGUUGUUGUGGUCGGGGAGCUGGCAGCUUUGUCAGAAUGCGGUGGAGGCGGUUCUUCAAGGUUCUCCGAUUACCCAAAUCGCGUCGGACACGGCGGAGACGAACAACGGACCGCCGUUGAAGGCGUAUGACAUCCGUCAUAUUAUGAAGGACGAGAACUCCGGCGGAUCAAACGAGCUUCACCGAGUCAGGACGCGUUGCCGGUUCAAGAGAUCUGCGGCGAAAGGGAAAGCGAGCCGCGUCUGGAUCGGGUCCAGCGAGGAGGAAUCUGGUGUGAUCGAGCAUAACAACGACUUGUCGAGCCACGAGUCAGCCCUGAGCCAUCAAUCGGAGGCGGCGCAUGCGGUGGAGGGCGAGAGCCGUGAGAUAGUAGAGGAAAGCUUGGCUUCCGUCGAGACUCCACCGUCGAAGAAACAUGUUGAAACUGAAGCCGAGAACAUCGAACUAGAGCUGACCCUUGGCUACGAGCCGGUUGAUAGGUCUAAAGGCAAAGAAGUAACUGUAAGUGCAGCUUUUGAUAACUCCGGCACCGGAGUUGGCAUCAGCAGUGUUGAUCUGAGACUAGAUUAUCCGGCGUAAUGGUAUGAUACUCCGGCGACUCAGUUUUGACGGUGAAGAUGUAGGGUGGUCUUUUCUUUUAGUUUUUUAAUUUUUCUUUUUGGCCUAAUCAGGAAAGUUAUGUACAAUUGUGAAUGGAAAUGGGAUGAAAAAGGUCAAAAUAGGCCAUGUUUGGUUGUUUCGUGUAUCUUAAAAUGGCUUUUUUU